AUGGCAAAAAAUGUAUUUGCGGCUGACGACUUGCUGCGCAUUUCUUUACCCAUCGCCGUCAGUAGAUUUGGAUCCGAAGACAUUGAAGGGGUCGGGCACCUUCCUGAAGUCAUGAGACCCCCUCCGGAACAAAAGCCAACUAAGCUGAUUCCCAUAGAGUCAAGUGAGGAAGUCAGAGGCGCCAUGCUCGAGUUCAUGGCCGCUCUUUUGGAGCGCUGCUCCGAUGAUGCUAUAUGGGCAAACAUGGAUGGCAUUGUCGGAAUUCUUCGAGCCUGUGCAAUGGACCAGUGCGCAGCUAUCCAAACUUCUGCUUGUGCCCACAUCUGCAACUUCUGUGAACACCACUAUGAAGGCCUACUGCACUUUACUGAAGCUCUGGCCAGAUCCCUGCUGUCGUGCCUCGUUCACCCUCAUUCCAAGGUUCGGCUACACGGUCUCGAGGCUCUAACUGCAGUUAUGCGGUGCGGCCAGUACAAAUACAGUGCAGCGGUUGUUCAGAUGUUGAUGGGCUGGCAAGACCCAAAUGUAGUCCCAAUUAAGGCCUUUUACGAGCCCUGCUCUACGCACAAUUACCUCGCUCGCCUGGUGGCUGAUCGAACACCAGCGGUACGGACGUACUUCUACGAGACAAUCGUCAGGUGGCUGCAUCGAUUUCCCGACAAGGCCGACUACGAGUCCUGGCUCUUUCCGUACCUGCUCACGGGCAUCUUCGACGAAAACAAAGCAGUGCAGAAACUGGUCUACUGGCUCAUCGAGAAAUGCGGCGAGCUCUAUGAGAACGAAAAGGAAAAAGACAUUCGGAAAAUCAGGCAGUUGAACUACCAGGAGCCAUGGACGUAUGAGGGUCGGGGAUCGGUGCCUUUCCCGCUGGGAGGGCGUGCGGCUUUUAACGCCGGAAGCUGUUCAAAUCCUUCAGAGCCUGAAGCCGCCUCUGCCGCAGAAUUUAUCAGGGAAUACGAGGCUCAAAAAAGCACUCUGGCGAGCAUCAGGGGCCUAGACGGGCUCCAUGAGCUUCUGGGCGAGCUGGAUCACGUUCUGACGAAACCGAUCGCUCGCCCGCGUCUCGGGUCAAGAUGUUGGGUCAAGACGCAUUUCCGUCGUUAUGUGAAGGGACUUCUGAAAGAAGUCACAGACUUCAAAGAAGUCACGAGCGAGAGCUCUGCUCGCCUGCUGGUCGCUUCGCUGGCGUACGUCGAAGAAUCCGUCACAGAAUGGCUGGACGGACUGGUCCGAUUUUGCUCCACUUUGUACGCGAGAAAAACCAGCGUUUCAAGCAAGGUUUUCAGAAUAUACGACGAAGCCCUGACACUGGUCGGGGCCUACGUCGAUCCUGUCUCUUACUGGAAACUCGCCGAGGAUGUUUUCGAAGGCACGGUGGCCGUGCUGAAGUCCGUCGGAGACAAGCUCCUGGAAGCCCUCCUGCUGAAGGCUGAGUGGCUGGUCGAGACAUGCGGCACAGAAGAAAGAGCGCAGCUGUUCGGCGCAGCCUUAGCCGUCAGCAGGCACGGCCCAGCAAAACACGGGCAGAACGUGGGCACCUCCGCCCAAGAGACAGAGAUCGCCCCCCACGCGCUUCGGAUCCUGCAGACUCUGGUUGGCGGAAAAGCCGUCUCGGUGUCGCUCGAGCCGCCCCGUGCCGCGGCGUCCAUCCGCGGCCUACCGCAAGACGCCUUCCUGGGCCUGCUUCAUGCCUUUGUGUCUCUACCGCCGUCGUCGUGGAACACCUCUUCGCUCCAGUGCCUGGUUCGCAUCUCGCCGCCGGAUAUCACGCUGAACGCGAAAGUCUUCGGGUUGAUUCUUGAUCGACUCGGCGAGUUUCGCCAGCGAACCUGUCGCCCAGACACCCGCCGGCAGGCGCUAGAGGUUGCAGUUCUAUGGAUCUCGAAUCUUCUUGGAGUCGGCAAUGUGGGCGGAAGCGGCGGAGACGCGCUUCAGGCCGCCGCUGCACGGAUCGCCUCUCGCGUCUUGCUACCGGUGUUUUCCGCGGCCGAGGGAUUCCAGGGAACUCUCGGCGAGCUCGACUGUCUGUUACCACUGGUAACACGGUCCGAUCCGAGUUCUCCGUAUGCGACAAGAAAGGCCCAUUUUUUGGCGACGAGUGGGAUCCCAGAGGCACUGGCGGAACUUGUCGCAAAUGAAACGGCACACCGCUGCAUCUACGCGCGGGCGCUCGCAGCCCUGCGCCUGUCGUGUAAGGCGAAGUACGGGAGCGCGUCCAGCAGCGACUGGCUUGAUGACGUGCCCGUGACCACACGCCGCCAGACGCGUCUUCAAGCUCUUCAGGCCUCUUGCAAACUAAAACAAAAAGCGAGUGUGAUGCUGUACAGCGCCGUCGUGCAGGUGCUUGUUGUCCCUGCAUCGCCGGCGGCGGAGCUGGACACGCUUCGUGGAAGCUUUCUAACGCUUUUAGUCAGUAAAAUCCGUCGGGCUCUCGUGCCCGUCAAGGAGCUGACAAGACUGAGCCAAGCAGAGGAGGCCCCCGACAAGGCGAUCGAGGAAAGUGCAAACGACGUGGAAACCCAAGCAAACGAGGAAGCGGAUCCAAUAGCGCCGUGGGUGGCUGCCCUUCCGCUCCAGUCGCUCGAUCGGGGCGUUGCGUUUUACGUGAGCAAUCUGCUCGGCUUGGUAUUGCAAUCCAUGCAUCUCCUUGCUGCUCAUGACGAAAGCGGCGAGUGCAGCUCAAGGCAUGAAGAAGACGACAAUGACCAGCUGAAACGAAGGAGAGAACUCCUCAUGGUCCUGCCUUUCAUGUGCGACGGUGGAGGGUCGGCGAACAAAUCCAGUGCAUUUUCGCCCCUCCGCGUAAAUGAUGGAUGCGAGCCUCAAGAAGGAGUCUCACGGCGUCGGCGGUGCAUAACGGCGCACAUUUCGGAGAAGGACGUGGACGACUUCGUAGGACAUUUGAUCAAGUUCUACGUCGGUCUGGGCUCGAAGGUCCACCGCGAGGGCCUGCAAGACCCGUUCCCCGCAGGCGAAGCAUACCUCGCUCCUGGCGGAAUGCUGAGCAGCGCAACCGCAACUGCAGUCGCCAAAGCGAUUGCGGAGCUUGAGGAAGCAACAGAAGAAGUCAAAGAUACUAAUGCAGCGGACGCGGUGUCGAAUCUUCUGGUUUAUCUAGCGUCUACGUUCCCGGAUAUCUUCCAAUCCUGGCAGACUCUGUGGAGCGCCAGAGGCCACGUCAUGAGAGCAGACGCUUGCGAGGCUUUUCAAAAACUCGCCGCAACGCGUCGCUAG